AGGCGAACUGCUUUCCUUUCCGAUCAAGCGAGUGGUGCGCGCUCCCGCGAGGGGGUGCAUCUGACGCCGGGGGUGCUGAAUUGGGUACAACACCGGCAUUGAAGAAAAGACUUUUGGAGACCAUGCGAGGUGUGAUUGAAUCCGUCGGUUUCCUGUUGCUUAUUCUGUCAUCGAGUUCAAGUCAGACAGUGGUAGAGUCUGUCCAUGGAACAGAAGGCCAAGUCUCUUGGCUUGAGUGUGAAGUGGAAGAGAACAACUUUACAGUGGUCUGGACCCGAGACAACCAAACAGUGGACACAUCCACCCCUCGAAUCAUAGUGCAAGGUGCCAUGCUAUGGUUUCUACCUGCUAAAGAAGAAGACAGUGGACUUUAUACCUGCAGUGAAAGCCCCCUGUCUCCUGUGGUGUCCAAGAUGCGUCUCUCGGUUGGGAGGGAGCCGUGUCCACUUCCAAGUGAGAUUCGUACUCUUCAGCAAGGGACCAAUGAGACACUUAUCUGUAGACAGGAUGAGGUCUCUCAGAUUGCAUCGGACCGCCAUGACAGCUGGUUGAGGGACUGCAAGCCUAUUGACAGCCUCACACUUGUCAACGUGAUGCCCAGUGAUGCCGGGAACUACACCUGCGUGGUUCAUUUCACAUACGAAGGGAAGAGCUACCUUGCUUCACGAACCGUUUUGCUAAAUGUCCAAAAUGCGCCUCCUGUUAAACCUACAGUGAUUUACCCACUAAAGGACACCGUAUACGUCUUCCCAGAUCAGCCAGCUAAUCUGACAUGUAUUGCAUUUCUUGGUGAUAAUGAGGAAUCUGUGCUGGAAACUAUAUCUUACUGGACUGUGAACCAUACCUUCAUUCAAAAAUGUCCAGGACUGAGUAAACAUGUUACCAAAGAGAGAAAAGAGGAUGGGAUGUACUAUUCAGUCAACACACUUUCAAUUCCAGAGGUCCAACAGCAGUACUUUCACCUUCCAUUCCAGUGCAAAUUCGUCAAUUCAAUGGGUGAAGAUUACAAGGAUUUGCGGCUGAAACCACUCAACCAUCAUGUCCUCUACAGCUGCACAGGCAGCCUUGUAGUUCUCGUAUUGGUCCUUGCUGCGCUGCUGUGCUGCAUCUCACGAGGUCACUGGUGCAGGACCCGGGUUAUCAGAGAUGAUGCCUGUAAGUACCUGUCCUUACCAAAAGGGGAAGAACUACUAGAAGUACAGGUAAAACAAAACACACAAGUCUGCAGUCAGCAAUUGGCAAAAUUGGAGCAUUAAGAAUACAUAAACACCCACUAAGUUGAGACAACUUGCUACUCAAAGAGUUUUUGAUUGUGUCUCAAAGGUUACCUACUACCACUUAGUCAGAAGACUAAAUGAUUGAAUAGAAUUAUCCACAAAUGUCACUUAUUUAUCUGUUAUUGAACCCUAACUGAAAAUCACAUUUAGACAUGAUUGCAUUUAUGAUCAAUAACUGGGUGAAUUGCAUUCCUUUACCUAACAUUUAUGAAUGAUGUCAUGAUUUAUAAUGUGGUGGACCUUACCAACUCUCAUUACAUUCUGUAUUCACCAAUUCAUUCAAGUUAUAUAAAUAAUUGUGUUUUGGUCAGUGAAAUGUGUAUAUCCUCUCUGGUUACACCAGUUUAGAAAUAUGAAUAUAGUCCCCCAUUAAGGACACCAGCUGGCAGUAACACCACAACCCUUAGGGUCCUGUUUAAAUAUAUAUAGCAUAAUAUGAAAGUCAUUUCCUGUAUUUAAGAUUGAUUUACUG